AUGGCGGACGCGGCCGCUGCGAUCUGCCGGGUGAUGAAAUUUGUCAGUUCGGCUGAAGCUCCUGAUCUUUGGAACAAUGACGACAGGGGGCAACAUGCCGGAGCUGCCUCCGGACAUCUUGAUGGUAUCUUUGCCACCCUUGAGAUCCCUGACCUCGUGCGUGCCGGCUCUGUCUGCUCCUCUUGGCGCUCCGCGUAUACCAGCCUCCGAAGCCUUGGGCAGUACAAACGCACCCAGACGCCAUGCCUCCUCUACACUUCCGAAACCGCCGGUGAGAGCGUUGCGUGCCUCUACAGCCUCACAGAGAAGAGGUCGUACAAGUUGACCCUCCCGGAGCCACCUAUCCACAGUAGGUGUCUGAUCGGGUCAUCACAUGGCUGGCUGGUAACUGUUGAUGACAGAUCUGAGAUGCACCUUGUCAACCCCAUCACAUGUGAACAGAUCGCUCUUCCGUCGGUGAUCACCAUCGAGCAGGUGAAGCCCAUCUUUGAUGAGCACGGUGCUGUCCAUAAGUAUGAGUACUCAUGCCAUACUGGGACGGAUGCCGGUCCUUACUCUCCGUCUAUCUUUGCUAUUGACAAGCUGCGCCACAAACUUCACUAUAAGGCGUUUGUGUUCCCUGAUACAUCCACGGGAAGCUACAUCGUCGUGCUCAUCCAUAAUCCAAAGCGUCAGCUCUCUUUUGCAAGAGUAGGUGAUGAUAACUGGACUUGGCUGCCACCUCAUGAACGAUAUAGUGACUGCAAUUACAAGGAUGGCCUGUUGUAUGAGGUGACUACAACCGGAGAACUACAUGCUUUUGAUUUUAGUGGGCCUGUCAUCACAACGGAGAUGAUUGUAAGAAUGGACUCUAUAUAUGGCUUUGGGUACACGUACGUUGUUCAAGCUUCAUCGGGCGAUCUGCUUCUUAUUUGGAGAAAUAUUGACCAGUACAAUUUCGAUCCUCAUCCUGGAUCAUCUGUAUUUUGGAUAUAUAUGGCUUUGGAUAUAUAA